AUGUCCACCCCCACCCCGCCCUACCGCGCCGCCAUCCUCCUCUUCCCCGGCGCCGACAUCCUCGACUUUGCCGGCCCCGCCGAAAUCCUCAACAACACCACCACCAACGCCGACCCCACCGGCCCGCGCGCCUUCACCGCCACCACCUUCAGCGCCACGAACCCCGUCUCCUCGGAGAGCGGCACGCUAACCCUCGUCCCCGCCAUCUCCCUCGCCGAGGCCCGCGAGAACCUCGCCUCCUACGACAUCCUGAUCGUGCCCGGCGGCGGGCCCGAGAUCAUGCUCGCGCUCGCCAAGACCGGCACCGAGGAGCUCGGCGUGAUCCGCGAGUUUGCGCGGCUGGCGGAGGAGAAGAAGAGCGAGGGGAAGAAGAGGUUCCUGCUGUCGGUAUGCACGGGGGCGUUUCUGCUGGCGGCGGCGGGGGUGCUGGGGGGGAAGCGGGCGACGACGCAUUUUCUGGGGCUGGAGGGGCUGGAGAUGCUGUGUGCGCAGGCGAGCACGGAGGCCGGGGGCAAGGGGACGGAGGUGGUGCGGAAGCGGUGGGUGGAGAAUGAGGGGGAGGGGCUGGUGACGAUUACGGCGGGCGGCGUGAGCUGUGGGUUGGAUGCGACGUUGCAUGUGGUGGAGAGGUUGGUGGGGCGGAAGGCGGCGGAGUGGGUGGCGGAGUUGGAGGAGUAUGCUUGGAGGGAGGAAGUGUGA